AUGACACUAAACAUCCGCUACUUGUUUAAUUGCGGGGAAGGAACACAACGAUUGUGUACUCAGCAUAAGGUUAAAAUUACGAAAUUGAAAAAUGUAUUCUUGACUCGAAUUCAUUGGGAAUGCAUGGGCGGACUACCAGGAAUGUUGCUUACAUUGGCUGAUGUUGGAUUGACAAAUAUCAAAAUACACGGCGGCGAUAACUUAACACAUGCUUUAACUGCGACGCGUAACUUUUUGUUAAGAACUUCCAUGUCUGUAACGACACGCGAAUUUCCAGUCGAGGGAUCGAGUUUCCAAGAUGAAAACAUGACUAUAAAGCAAUACCAUUCUGGCCGGAAACUUUCACGCCGAGUUCAGCUCAAAAGGAAAUUUCGGUUCCAGCAAAACGAGAACACGACGAAACUUUACUUGAUUACAAGAAGAAGAUAUUGUCUUUCAUGUUUAAUACGACUAGACAUGGAUCAGAGCAUGUUCGAGAUGCAACUCCUACGGCUUCAAUACGAAGAUGCUGUAACAGAAACGCAUGCGUUGUUGGAAUCUAACGAAUCUUCUAAUUACUUACAAAAGCCUGAUAACCUUGUCAAUGAAAGAAGAGAGCUUUAUUCAAGAAGAUUGCCGAAAUCAAAGCCUAAUCCAAUCUCUAUUGCUUAUAUUUGCAAAGGACCUGACUAUAAAGGCAAAUUCAAUCCCAAGUCUGCUAAAGCGCUAGGAUUGAAACCGGGACCAUUAUAUGCUCAGCUCGCUGAUGGACAGUCGGUAACUGCGCCUGAUGGUACUAUAGUGCAUCCUCAUCAAGUGCUUGGCCCUUCUCGUCCCGGAGCGAUAACCAUAAUAGUCGAUGUACCCUCCGUCAAUUAUAUACAAUCACUAAUCAAUUCUCAAGAGUUUGGGCCUUAUCAGUCAGGGGACGAGAAUUUCCGACCUCGAGUUAUUAUUCAUAUGGUUGGGAAUGGUGUACUGGAAGACGAACGAUAUCAGUCUUGGAUGAGAGAAUUUGGCGAUGAGACAGAGCAUUUAAUAACAGGCGAGACAUGCAAUGCACAGAGAAUAAUGUUUAAUAGUGCGGCUCUAAGUCAACUAAAGCUUUCAAAAAUUGACUCUAAUCAUUUCCGUGUUCCGUUUUAUUCUAAUCGACCUCAGAAGUCGUUGAGCGACAUAUCGAAUCUACCUGCCAAAGCGCGAGAAGCAGAACCCAAAUUAAUAUAUCAGACCGAACCAGUGGCGCAGUUAGAUACUUCACAAAUUGUGUCAGAUUUUGGCCCAAAUCAAGCGCUUCUAACAGACGACGCUUUAUGGAAAGAGUAUCUAAAAACUGUGGAGAUUAAGAAUGAGAUUCAAUCGACCAAGUUGGAUCUGGCACAAUUUCCCGGAAAUGACGUUAUUGUGACCACAUUGGGCACAGGCUCUGCUCUUUCAUCAAAAUAUCGUAAUGUUAGUGGCACAAUAAUUACUAUACCUUCAUGCGGCUCCAUUAUCCUCGAUGCCGGCGAAGGCACACUGGGCUAA